AUGAGUUGUUACUCAAAGUACUUGACUGGUGUAGAAUUCAAAAGUUUUGGGGUUAAUAUUAUCUCAGAGCUAGAUGUCAUUGAGUAUUGGAAUGAUUUUCCCGAUGGACACAAAGACAAUGCAAUUGUGGAGUUUGUUGAUACUAUAGACGCGCUACAGCAGAAAUAUAUUAAAGAUAUAGCUGAGAAAAUACGCGCUUCCACCGGAAACAAUACAGUUGUGGAGCAGUUGUUCUGGAAUACAUGUAAAGUGUAUAAUAUGUCUGAUUUUUAUGCAUGUUUGAACAACUUACAAAAUGAGGUGAAUGCUAAUGAUCUUGAUUGGCUUGAUAAAAUUCCCAUUGCAAAAUGGGUACGGCAUGAUUUACCAAUAACAACAAUCAUUCAAAUGGUUCAUGACUCGAUGCAAGGAGUGUAUGUUCAACGUGCUACAUUCGGAGUUCAUUUCACAUGGGAUUUUCAUGGUCUUCUAAUACUUUAUACACUUAAGUUAGACCGUGGUAUUUGUACUUGCGGAAAAUGGCAAAAAUACGGUGUACCUUGUGAUCAUGUUGUAGCAUCACUACAAAGGCUUGAAUUUGAAGAAAUCCAGCAAAUGGUAAACUUAAAGUUAACUAAUGCGGUGUAUCGACAUGGUUUUCAAACUGAGACGGUGAAUCCUAUUAAAAUCCUUAUGCAUUGGGAAAUACCAGUUGAAAGUGUUGUCAUUUUACCUCCAAAACAAUUUUCUGAAAUCGUAAUGUAUGGAUCACAAUGA